AUGAAACCGGAUAAAAUUCCAAAUGAUCUUACUAGAAUUCUUCGUCGUUAUAUUGAUAAUUGGCGUAAUGUAGUUAAAGUGAUUGAUAAAUUUUUACAUGGUCGUAAAUUCAUAGUCAUAGAUUUAACAAGAGAAAAAAAUGAUCCAUUUUUUAUACGUGCUGGUUGGGAUCAACCUCUCGAAGUUUCUAAUACAUAG